UCUAGAUACCAGGAAGCCACAAGUAGCAGCCUGUAAGAUUAGCAUUAGUUUGUCCACAAAAAAAGCAGUGGUUAAAUAAGUUAUAACUAAAGCGUUCUUAUAUUUUAACAAAGGAAUGUCCGCCAGCCGUUACAGCUUUGCUCUUAGUUUUACAAGAACUUUAUUGACACACAUCGUCCGCCAUGUUUAAGCUGAACUUCAGGAGGGAGAAAAACAAACAAUACAAACACAUUGCCCAUGGUUUGGUCCCCGCCGCCUCCAUCGCCCCCAAGGCUGCCGUGCCUCGUACCCCACCCCCGCGCAGCCCCGCACCCUCACCCGAGAGACCCAGAUCGGCCUUAGCGGCUGCCAUUCUGUCUUCUUCGCUGACCGGACAGACGUGGGCGCUCCCUCCGGCCCGUCCCCGCUCUUUCUCUGAGAGUGACCAAUCAGAGUCCUUGCUUUCUGAGCGCAACAUCAGCACUGCGCUCUACACUCGUGAUCGAUGGUCAGAAGGCUUUGUCGCUCGUCCGCGUUUGUCCUCCCCUGACCACUCUGAAGAGGAACUCCAGCACCAGGUGGAGGAGGAGGACAAGGAAGAUGAGGAGAUGGAAGAGGAAGAUGAAGGAGGAGGCAAGGAAGAGGAGGAACGCGUCUAUCAUACUUUGGAUAGUCAGAAGAAGUGUUCAGAUGCAGAAGCAGAAGUCUACGCUUUGCCGUUAAAGCACUUGACAAGUUCCCCCAAGUCAAGUCCAAUGAUGUCCUGCAAGAACUCUUCUCCAGAAUUCCUGGGGGAAAACAUCAUUGAGCUUCCUCCAGCCAUCAGCAGCAAAAAAAUGAAGAAGAAAGACUCCACCAAGCAUAAAGAAGACAUGCCGUCCACUAGCCGAUUCAAAGAGUCAAAAGCACGGAGACAGCCAUCUCGUGAGGCCAGUGUCCCGACUGAGGACGGGAAAGCAGUGAAGGCCCUGAAGGAGAAGAACGCCAUGCUGGAGGAGAAGCUGCGACACCUGGAACAGGAAGUCAUUCGCGGGCGGGCCCAGCCAAUCAGGACCUCACCUACAGGCACGCAGGCGGAGCUGCGAGACGCAAGGCAACAGGCGCAGGAGCUAGUGGAUGAAAACGACGCCCUCAAACGUAGUGUCCAUCGGCUCAGUGCAGCGCUGAGCGCCUACCAGACCAAAUACAGGCCUCUCAACAAGCAGGAGAGCUCCAGAUUAAGCAUCCUACCAAAAACGGGUGCACCUCCUUCGUGGCUGGUGGACAUGAAGCAUUUGUCUCCUCUUGUGUUGACCUACGAAGACAUGCUGAAUGAUAAAGACGCCCUCCUGCGCACGACCGAGGAGGAGGUGAAGAAACUGAGGUUGCACGUGGAGGAGGUGGUGAAAGAAAAUGAGAUGUUUCAACGUCAAAUGGCUGAGAAAACUGUAGGCCUCAGUCAAGAGGAAUGCCAUCAAAUGCAGCAGCAGGCCAUCCUGGUGCUGCAGGAGAAUCAGAUGUUGAUCGAGCAGCUGGAGGCUCAGAAUGGAAAGAACGAGGUUGAGCACAGCAAGCGUCUGUCUGAAGUUUCCCGAGUUUCCAAGCAGCUGAUGCUGCUCGAGGCAGAAAACCAGCGUUUGCAGGAGGAAGUGGACAAGAGCAGGAAAGAGGUCCGCCAAAACCAAAGGGAGGCGCUCGCGCUGAAAAGUCGCCUCGAGGACGCCGUCACCUGGGAGGAGCACUGCAGCAUCGCGGGGAAACUCAGGCGGCAGCUCGAGCAGGAGCGCAGCAGGAACCAAGGCGAGGUGGACCAGGUGCACGCCCUCCGCCAUCAAAAUCAAAGUCUGCGAGCGGACAAAGCCAAACUGAUGGCGGCUGUGGAGAGGACGCAGGCGGAGCUGGAGAGCAGCAGACAAGUCAACAGGAGGACGGAGAAGCGUCUGAGUGCACUGAAGCAGCAAAAGGACGAGUGCGUGCUGAAGGAGGGCAAGACGCGCACUUACCUGGAAGCCGUUGUUUCCGUAGCGGAUCGCAUCUCGCAGGAGCGCGACCAACUCGUACAUAUGGCUUCUAUACUCCAGCAGGAAAAACAAGGAUUCAUCGGCAGCAUCAUGAGCGGCACCAUCCGAUUCGGCAAGCUGCAGGAGCGUGUCAAGGUGUACCGCAGGCUGGCGUCCAGCCGACUGGCGGCGCUGGAGGAAGCGGCGGCGGGCACGGCGGCCUCUCACCGCCGGGACAUGGUCCACCUGCAGCGGCUACUGGGAGAGAGGCAGCAGGCGGAGGAGAGGCUGCUGCAGUCCAAACGGGAGGUGGAGGAGGAACUGGAGGUGGUGUGGCAGGCAGCCAUCAGGGAAAACCAGCAACUCAAGGAGACUCUCAGCCACUCCGGCCCCACCGGCCCCAUCCUCCAACGAGCCUUUGCUGACACCGAGCUUCCUUCCGACUUCCUCAAAUUGCAGCAUUUCAAUGAGAAGCCAAAACAAGACCUGGAUUUCUACAGCUAGAAGAGGCCAUGACACAGGCAUCGUUUCUAUUUUUUUAUGCAUGAUACUGACAAAUUCUGAGGGAACCUCUCACCUGACUUUUUAUCUUUAUUGCUUGUAUGCUAAGCAUAUUCUCACUUGGACUAUUUAAUGGAUGCCAGGAAGAUCGAGUCAUGGACGUUGAGACUUUUUCGGCCCGAUGAAGAAGUUCUACUCCAUCCGACAUGGUUCCUACUCUUUUCCUGCCAAGCUCAUGUGACAAUGUGUCUUGUGGUCUGUUCAGAUUCAUAGGGAGAUUCAGAUCUAGGGAAAAGGUCACGGUGACUUAAAAACAUCCUAGCUCAAGUCAGAUAACUGCUAAAAGGUCUCAUCUAACGAUACACAACAGAACAUCUUUGAGUAGCCGGUGAAUGAUCCACGGUAUCGUUUACAAUUAUGUUCCCAAUAAAAGCCGCUCCUCUCCUAACGUUAUAGCAGUUAAGUUAUCUGUGCUAUGUGCAUGCCUCAGCACAAUGAAAUAACUUUGUACAGCAUUGGCAGUAAAAAGUGCAACGUCAUUACAAUAGUUUUCUUAUUUUUUCCCCAAAUACAUAUUUGCCUAUUUUUGGCAAAAUAAAUUUGACCAAUAAGAGUGACAGCAUGGCAUCCUCUGUUGU